AUGACCACCAUCAUGGACAAACGAAUACAGCUGCGAGAGGGCAACAAGCGCGCAUGGGACGGCGACAUGGACGUGUUCCAGAUCGCCGAAAAGCCGGACUCGUCGCUCAAGGGCAACACGGUGUUCAUUCGACGUUUGCGUAUGCAGCUCAAAGCCGACCAAGAGCCUGCCAUUCUGGAGGAGUUGCACACUUUGAGUCUUGAAAAGUACCUGGGCGAGGCUAUCAACGCUCUACUCGAGGGUCUGCUGAAGCUCAAGACCCGGGGCGACUUUUCGGUGGCCGUACAGGUCACUUCUAUCAUGCACCAGCGGUUCUUCCACCAGUUUACUCCACAGUUUCUGACCGUCUUUUUCCAAGGUCUAGAGUCCACUCUGACCGAGGACCGGGCCAAGCGGACAGAGCUGGCACCCAUCCGCAAGAUUCUGUGCCGUCUAUGUGUCGAUCUAUGGCUCGUUGGAAUCAUCACUCCGGAAUACUUCAACAAGAACAUUCCCAGUUGGAUCGAAGGCACGCCACAGGCCAUUUCUCAGGCCGGACCACCGCCAUUGGUCAUUUUCCGCCACAUCCUGGGCACCGAUCUGAAAGAUUUCGACUACGCCGAUCUUGUGCUUUCAUUGGCAAAGCACUUUCCGUUUCUGGUUGGAGGAGCUGAUGAGGAGGGCCAGGCUGAGGCUCUGGGCGUGACGGAGGCCGUGCCAAAGAUGGCCAAGCUUGUCAAAAGCUACUGCUUGCAUAUGCAGAAGCGGGUGAAGAUGAUGGCCAUUCUGCUUGGCCGACAGAGACGCAAAUUUGAGAAGCACUACAUCCAAGUGGGUCGUAUGACGACCGGACGAGAGGAUAGCUUGAACGAGCUUGAAACACAACUCUCCACCAUGGUUUCCACCUGUACUCAGCUGAGUGAAGCUCUGGGUAUUGAGAUGCAGUCUCUCACCGACUGCUACAAGGAGGAGGACACAAUCACUCUGGACGCUUCCUUUGACGGCCAGCCCCUCUGGGACUCAGAAGACGAUAUGCUGUUUUACACUGAAGUCCCCGAUCUCGCAGACAAGGUUUCUGAACAGGUGCUUUCGGGAGGAGUGGAUGUUGCUGACGCUGAGCUCAAUGAUAUGGUUGAGAAGAACAAAGCAGCACGACAGAAGGAGUUGCUGCAACAGGCCGUGGAGAAGGAGCGGGAAAAGAUCCGAGCAAACGCUCAAAAGGCACGUGAAAGUCGCCAGGCUGCUAAAGCUCCUCAGGGCAAGAAGAAGAGCACUACUGACGGAGGAGAGUCGGACGAUUCAGAUUAUGUUUCCGAGGAGGAGGAAGAGGAACCUGUCAAGGACAUGUCUCCCAAGGGUAUUCAGAUGACCGAGUUUCUGGAACGUCUUUCUCAGGCACGUUCCAAGGAGGAGAUUGAUGCUAUGACCAUUGAGUUCUGUCAUCUAAACAACAAGGCUUCUCUCAACCGCCUGCUACGUCAUUUCCGGGAGUUUUCUCUUCACAAGGCGUUCAUGCUGCCAUUUUACGCCCGAAUGGUGGCUACUCUGGGACCUUACUUUCCCAAACUUCGAGCCUCAGUGAUUGAACGACUCUUUGCACGGCUACGAAGCUAUACUCGAGGUAACAGUCGUCGUUCUAUGGAACGACGGCUUGCUUCUUUCCAGUUUCUUUCCGAACUCACCAAGUUUGGACUUGUUCCCAAACACUACAUUUUCCAUCUUCUCAACUUCAUGGGUUCCAGACUAAACUACAUGAACCUGGAGUCUCUCAGCAAGAUUUUCCACUGCUGUGGCCAGUUUCUCUGGCGAAACGCGUCCACCCACCAGGAUAUGGAGGAGCUGAUGGAGUCCAUGAUGCAGCGUCGAACCAAGGGGUACCUGAGUAUUUCCGAGAUUCUCAUGGUAGAGGAGCUGCUAUCUCUGGUCAAGUUCCGAGGAGGAGCCGGUGAGACUACCAACAAGCGCCAUGUUGUUUCCAGUACCCCUAUCCAGGUCUUCCUCGACAGACUGUAUUAUAUUGAGUUGAGUACGGAGGUGGCCGAACAGGUGGCUCAAUUGACAUUGAAGCUGGACUGGUCUGAUGAAGAGAUCACGUGUCCCACACUAUUCCGAAUCUUCACCGAGACUUGGCGAGUUAGUCAUGGAAAUAUGGCUGCCGUUGCUGCUGUGUUGUCCAGGAUUGCCCCCUCUCACCCCGUUUUCGCCCAGAAGGUGAUUGAGACUGUGUUAGAGAACAUCCGGCAGUGUCUGGAGCUUAACUCGUAUUCUCUGAACCAGAUUCGACUAUCGCAGGUCGAAUUUGUCAGUGAGCUCUACAACCAGGGUCUGCUCAAUCACACAUGUAUUCUCGACAUGCUGUUCAUGAUCAUUUGUUAUGAUCAUCGCCGAGGACGACCCACAGCCGGAGUCUACUGUCCCAAGGAUCCCCCCGAUUCGUUUUUCCGAAUUCGUCUGGUUCUCAACGCCUUGGUUACGUGCCAGCAGAAACUCGUAUCUGACGUCAACUCUUCCGAGCUCGAGUUUUUUAUCGCCUUCUUCCAGUACUACAUUUUCACCAAGACCCGGCUGCCCAUGGAGCUUAAGAUUGAUUUCCGAACGCUGUUUGUGGACUUGCAGCUCGAGCAGCAGCUCUACAGCACUCUUGACGGAGCAGCUCGAGGUCUAGAAAGCGCUCUCAAGGGUAAAUUCGGAGAGCGAUUUGAGGAGGAACAAAAGGAGCAGCAAAAGCACAAGUUAGCUGUUGAGGAGACAAAGGUGGAUACUUCUACUGUCGCAUCUCCUGUCCCCACUCCUGAGUUUGUGUCUCGAAAGACCGCAGAUGAUAUUCAAGCCGAGCAGGACUUUGAUCGGGAGUUCUCCGAGAUGAUGAAGGAGGCUGGCGGUCAAGGAACAGGCUCAUUUGACCGGCCGGUUCCCUCUGCCAAGGUUCUCACUCAGCAUAUAUCUGGAGCUUCUCUCAACGGUGCCAAGCUCUUCUCUCUCAAGGAUGGCAACACGGGACCCAGUAUUAUGGGCAACAAGAUGGGAUUUACCCUAUUGUCCAAGAGAGGCAGCAAGAUGCAAGGACGGCUAGUAGCUCUGCCCGCAAACUCCAAGAUGGCCAAGAGUCUUGAGCAGCGACAACGAGAGGAAAGAGAACAGCGACAUAAACUGAAUAGCUACGUCAUGGCCCACGCUGAUAUGGAAGAGGAAUAG